GAAGUACAAAGAGUAAUGUCCAUGUUAUCAUUAACAAUAUGAUUUACAUUUGCGAUCCAAUCAGUUGCCCUGUUUACUUCUCUGUAAACGUGGAUAGUUUCCCAUUGCUGAAACCUUUGUAAACAGUUUGUAUUGGGGUUAGCUUUGUCAUAUUAAUUUUUUUUUUGCCCAAAACCCACAACUUCCACAGUCCCACAAGGUGAAAGGGCUGAAGUGCUGAACCUCGUAAAACCCCAAUUCAUUGUUGUUCGUUGUUCCUCCAAAACCCUGACCUUGUUGAGAGUAUAUCUGUUGAGGUGGUUGUAGCCAAAUCAAGUUGAUUGAUUGUAGAGAGUAUCUGCUCGGAUUCGGAAAGAAAUCAAAGCAAUUUUGAUGGUAGAGUAUCUUUCCAGCUAAAUCCCAAUUGUAAAUUUCCAGCACCCAUUAUCAUUUCCCUUACAUUCAUUCUUCAUCUUUCCUUCAAAUUUUCUGGGGUUUAAUUAUUUGCAGAGAUGGCAACCGCCAAAACAAGUAAUGAUAAUAGUGUGAAUCAACAAUUCCUUGAACAACUCAAGGAUGUUGGGAAUAGGCUUUUGUUGGCCCCUUGUUCCUCCCCCGAACUCUUAUCCUUACUCGAUGAAUUGGUGCUACUCUUGUCCAAGGUUGGCCAAGCCCCAUCCCAGCCUGUACAGGACGCUCUACUGCCAACAAUGAAGGCUUUAAUUUCGGACCACCUCUUCAGGAAUUCUGAUGCUGAUGUCAUCAUUACAGUUGCUGCUUGUCUCAAUGAAAUCUUGCGGAUUUCCGCUCCUGUUGCUCCGUAUGAUGAUGACAAAAUGAAAGAAAUUUUCGAGCUCAUUGUCCUAUCAUUUGACAAGUUAUCCUGUCCGCCAGGCCGCUCUUAUUCUAAGGCCAUUCUGAUUCUUGAAAGUGUAGCCAGGCUCCGAUCAUGUGUAAUGAUGCUGGACCUUGAUUGUGAUUCACUCAUCACUAAGAUGUUUCAACUGUUCCAGAAACACAGCUGUCAUCCUCAUUCCGUGUUCCUGGCUAUGGAGAAAAUCAUGAAUGUCAUGAUAAAAGAAAGUGAUUCUCUUUCAGUGGAGCUUGUCAAGGUGUUGCUGGAAAGCAUCAGAUUGGAAAACCAAAAUGCUUUACCUGAAUCCUUUAAAAUGGGAGCUAAAGUUAUUGAAGAAUGUUCAGAGAAGCUCAAACCAUAUAUCCGGGAAGCAGUAACAUUAUUGGGCUACUGCCUUCAGGAUUAUGCUCCCAUUCUUUCUUCAAUUUGUGAGACUGAGCCAAUUGAGGAUCUUGUUCGUAAUUCUGCAAAGCAUUCGGUAAAAAGUGAGCUCACUAUUGAUGAGCGUCAUUCUGCGGAAUAUGCCCAACCUUUGAAGGCAGUAGAACGUUGCAGUCAGAAUCCAGGAACAGAUUCAGAAACUGCAUCCGAAAGGGGAGGAAAGCUCAGUUCCCAUAGUCUCGACGAAGGGUAUGAGAGUUUGACUGGCAGAGGGAAAACGUCUCAGGGUCACGUGAAACGAAGUUCAGGAGCACCAAGAAGUAAAAAAGCAGUUCCCGCAAUGGAGGACGAACUUUCCGAAAGGGAGAUAAAACAAGCUGCUGAUCUUGACAUUAAGAAGGUUCUUCAGGCAACUACUCUUGGUGGUAGCAGUGAUAAGAAGGGGAAGCCAUCAAAGAAGGAUGUUUCUGGGGGAUCUAGGAAGAAGAGCACAACAGGCUUAUCAAGAAAGGAUAAGAUCCAGACAAAUGAUGCCUUUAGAUCUCAGAGGAAGAGGGCCUCCUCAGAUGACGAUGUUAUUGAGACUCCGCAUGGAAGAAAAAAUUAUAAAGAGGAUUUGGUUGGCUGUAGAAUCAAGGUGUGGUGGCCUCUCGACCGCAGUUAUUAUGAAGGCACUAUCUCAUCAUUUGACGCUUUUACAAAAAAGCACAAGGUUGAGUAUGAUGAUGGAGAUGAGGAGGUUUUAAAUCUGAGAACUGAACAAUGGGAAUUCUUAGGCGAUGAAAUUCCAACUGCUAUCGAUAUAUUUGUUGACAAGAAAUCUCCUCAACCACGCUCAAAUACGCCAAAACGAGAAGGGUCAACAGUGUGUGAGAAGGAAACCUCUCAGACCAACACUAGGAAGAGGGAGAUAACGCCUGACUGUGAGGCUGAAGCUGAUGAUGGAAGCCAUCAAGUUGCCAAGGUUGUGGAGAAAGUGAAGACGCCGGAGGUUUUGAGUGAGAUGAAAAGACCAAGAUUACCGGAUGGACAGAAGUCAUGACUAUAUUUUUGUUGUUCAUAUCUUCUUCCUGCUGUGAAUUAGUGGAGGAAUUUAAGGUAGAUUCAUAAGACAACAAUUUUGUACCAGAUUGCUGUUGGUGCACCUUUUAUAUCUAGAUUGUUACUUAGAGGAGGUUGGAAGCCAUGUAAUAUAUAUGGUGUAAUGAUUGUAAGCUAGAGAAUGUUCCAGGGGUUUGGUAAGGAUUAGAUGGAUUAUUACCUGAGUAUGUUCAGGUUUUGAAGGGCAACUGUAAUUAAUUUAUCAGCCCAAAGGCUCAAUUUUGUACACAUCAAACUACUCCGUAGUAGAUAUAAAAUAUCUCGUUAUUUCCAGGAUU